GUUAACAUGGUCCAGACCGAGGAGCAGUACGUCUUCAUCCAUGACGCCAUCUUGGAGGCGUGUCUUUGCGGCGACACUGCGAUUCCGGCCAAUCAACUGCGGUCGGUUUAUUACGAGAUGAACCGACUGGAUCCUCAGACCAACUCCAGUCAGAUCAAAGAGGAGUUCAGGACUCUGAACAUGGUGACGCCGACACUGCGGGUGGAGGACUGCAGCAUCGCCCUGUUGCCCAGAAACCACGAGAAGAACCGCUGCAUGGACGUACUGCCUCCAGACCGCUGUCUGCCAUUCCUCAUCACCAUCGAUGGAGAGAGCUCCAACUACAUCAAUGCUGCGCUCAUGGAUAGCUACAAGCAGCCGUCGGCGUUUAUCGUUACCCAGCAUCCUCUGCCCAACACGGUGAAAGACUUCUGGCGUCUGGUCCUCGACUACCACUGCACAUCCAUCGUCAUGCUGAAUGACGUGGACCCAGCACAGCUGUGUCCUCAGUACUGGCCAGAGAACGGCCUCCAUCGCCUCGGCUCCUUGCAGGUGGAAUUUGUCUCUGCAGAUCUGGAGGAGGACGUGAUCAGUCGCAUCUUCAGGAUCUACAACACAGCCAGGCCGCAGGAUGGGUACCGCAUGGUGCAGCAGUUCCAGUUCCUGGGCUGGCCAAUGUACCGGGACACGCCCAUCUCCAAGCGCUCCUUCCUCAAACUGGUCCACCAGGUGGACAAAUGGCAGGAGGAGUAUGAUGGCGGCGAGGGACGCACCGUGGUCCACUGCCUUAAUGGCGGCGGUCGCAGUGGUGUGUUCUGCAGUAUCAGUAUAGUGUGUGAGAUGUUGCGACAGCAGCGCUGUGUCGACGUCUUUCAUGCCGUUAAAACACUGAGAAACAACAAACCAAACAUGGUGGACCUGCUGGAACAGUAUAAGUUCUGUUAUGAAGUUGCUCUGGAGUAUCUCAACUCUGCUUAGCUUCAACAACAGACUCUUCAUCCUCCUCCUCCUCCUGGGGAGGGGGUCGACUACUGACUGAGAGUGAGGAGGAGGAGGAGGAUGUUUUUGCACUGCCUUGUUUGAACUAUCUGACUGCAAGCAUGGACACACUGAACUCUGACAGACUCAUUUUGUUAGUCACCAUCUGUCACCUUGUUGUGUUUUUUUAUUGUUUUGUUUGGUGUCGAUGAAACUAAAGGAACCAAAACAACAUCAGAGCGGAGCAUCUCGUCUGCGAUCGAUCAGAUUAUCAGCACCUGAUUUAACUCCCUGUCAGAUGAACCUUCCUCCUGUGGGAGCAGAACAAUCUGAGGUUCGACUGUAUGAGCAGAUAAAAAUUCAUCUGUGGAAUCAACUGUUAAAUCAGUCAGAUCCUUUCAGGUUAAGAGCUUUUAUUGAUCAGCACAGUCCGUUUUUAAAGGUUGAUUUUCAUUGGUCAUGGAGCAGUGUGAUGUCAGAGCUCAGGAUCAUCAUCAGGUUUAAAGAAGCGCUAAAAAGAUCAGUCAAUUAAUCAAUAAGCUGCUCAACAGGAAACUUGAUCACUGAUGUAUUUUAUAAUUGAUUGUGUGAAGUAAAAAACUUGUCUGUUUCCAGCAGUGACUGUGUUUAAAGAGGGCCACCAUGACAGCUCCGAUGGCAGCUCUGUCGCCCCCUGGAGGGUGGCUGCAGUACAACAGCUCAUAAGCCCCUUCAAGCCCUCUCCAUAUGUUAGUGAAUGAGGCAACAUAAAAAAUAUCAAUACAUUUUUCCUGAUGAUGGUUUCAGUUGUUCUGAUCACUCUGAUGUACAUCUUACUGAUCACUUUGGUUUGAAUUUGUUAUUGAUAUUGUGGCUUUAUUUUUGUCCAGUGGGAGAAAGUGGAGAUGUGUCAGCCAUCUUUAAAUACAGUCUCUGAUUUUUGCCCUCUGAAAUGUAUUUAUCUAUAACUAUUUCUAUAUAACAUCUUCAGGCUGCAGUGAGGCUGAACCAGACUGAUUUAACAUGGAGCCUGACAUUGAGGUUUGGGAUCCAAAGAUGUUUUUUACACUGAGUUUGACGUGUUGGAUGAGUUGUUUAAUGACAUUUGAGUAAUGAUGUGGAACAGGAUCUGAGCUUCAGCUUCCGUUACUGUUAAAUUAAAAGAUAUGGUUCUGGUUUAUGUCUGUCUCCAUAGAGAAACAGCAGAGUGUCGUAGAGAAACAGCAGAGUGUCAUCAGUGUAGAGAGAUUUCAGAUUCUGCAGAGCGGGCCCAGAUGUGAUCCCUGUGGGACACUGUAGAUAAAAGAUGCUGCAGCUAGAGUGGUAAAAACCAAACAAUCAAUAGAAUAUCAGAUAAAACUAAUCAACAGACUGAUUGAUGAUCUUAACAAUCAUUAGUCACAGCUCUGAUUGAAUUCCUGAUCAACAGACGUCCUCUGUGUCGAGCUCAGCCGUCUGUUCUUGACUCGUCAUCUUACAUGUGUUUGCUCAGGAGCUUUCACACUGAGUCAGCUCAGCCGACAUUUCCACAGCAACUGUGCAAACUCCACCUGCUGAUGAUGACUGCGUGAUGUGGUCAAAAGCCAGAGAAGAAGCCAUGAAGUAGACCUUUGAGUUGAGAUGCUUUUGUCGUCAUGUGUUGUUUUUUUGUUUUUUUUGUACAAAGACGUCAGAGUCCGCAGUCCGUUCACCUGUCUGUCUUCUUUGGUGGUUCUUGAUAUUUACUGCUGCAGAUUAAAACUGAAUUGGACAGGAAUGAUCCAGCCACACUGUCUUCAUUCUGAACCCCGGUCCCCUUCUGGCUGUGGUUCCUGUUUGUUUUCUCCUCAGCAGCUGGAUGAUGUUGGUUGGUGGUUUUUGUGAAUAAUGUACAUAGAGCUGGAGAAAGCAGGAAGAAGAAUAUUUAUUCCUUCAGUUGUUCUCUGUGUCGAUGUCGUUGUUGUUGUUGUUGUUGUUGUUCUUGUGAAGCACACAGAGAGAGAGAGAGAGACAAUCAUGUCGGACCGUGUUAAUGUUCAGAACCACAGUUAGACUGGGACAUGAUCCAACUCUGCAUCAGUGUAACCCUGGUUACCUGCUGCUCUGGGUUAAUCUCAGUGAGGUGUAUUUGUAGUGUUGGUGUUUGGCUCUGGUGCUGAUGAGAACAUUAUUGUAAUGAAAGCUUUUAUUUAUGUUGUAUGAUUCCAAAAUACUACAAAUAAAAAAUCCCUAUACACUGAAA